GAGAUCUACAGCAUGCGCCCCGCAUCUGGGGAAGCAAUCUUCGAAAUCACGACAUUUGCGCACCGCGAUCGUGUCUCAUCAGAGACCGGUACAAUGGUGUAUGUCCCAAAUGGCACAUUCGAGCAGCUCGAAGCCAAAUUGGCAGAUUACGACAUCCUGGUCAUCCCUGGCGCGCACUUUGAUGUUUUCGACAAGCUCCUGCCAUCAAAGGAAGGCAAGGAGCUUACUGCUCUUCUGCGCAAAUUCACGAACCUGCCGCCACGGAAGGAUGCAGCGACGCGUAUACUCCAGUCAGUCUGCACCGGCUCAAUCAUCCUAGCGGCAUCCGGUGUUCUCGCUGGUCGCACGAUCACCACGCAUCAUAUGGGUUUCGACGCGUUGAAGAAAUACGCCGAUCAGGCAGCAGGUGGAGACUCGAAGGUGAACGUGGUAAGGAAGAGAUGGGUCGAUGCUGGAACCACUGAAGCUGGUGUGAGAAUCAUUAACGCUGCCGGUGUGACCUCCGGUAUUGACACGAGCUUGUGGAUCUACGAGCAGCUGGCUGGGAAGGAGAAUGCAGACUUUGUUGCUAAGAUUGCGGAGUUUGAGCGCAGGCAGGAGGCAUGGAGCGCAUGAUGGGAGCGCCGGCGCGGAUGCCAAGGGGUAGGGUCGGUCACCAAAAAUCCUUGGCCUGCUCGGAUCGAUGCAUUACAUAUCCCAGAGGUCUUCGAAGUAGAAGGAUUUACAAAUGCACGAUUUACAGAAGAACG